GUCGCAGGUCGCCCUCGCCAUAUUGUCAGUCUAUAGUAUUGCGGGCACGCGGGCACUGCCUUUUCCCUAGAAUCACACUGAAGCAAUUUGUGCCCGCAAUCGUGCAAUGAGAUCUUAAUGCAGGUGCGUAGGUAGGAUUAAUCCUGCCUACCCACUGUGUUGUGCACUCCCUAUCUGCCGUCGCAACACAACGGACAUGCCGAUCUCACAAUGGAAUCAACCUUUUGCUUUCAAUUCGAGUACAUCAUCCUAAAACAUUCGACUAUCUUCUGCUCAAGUAUAGCUACAGCUCAACGGAGGACCACCUGCAAAUGUAUAUCUUACAUCGGAUCGGGUGUUUCUCUCCGGCAGAUAUGCGAAUAUGCCAAUGAACCAAACGGAGUGAAGAGAGAGGUGAUUGUUGUCGCAUCGCAGAUACUCGCGGAUCGAGAUUGGAGAGGUCGCGACUAAAUCCGCAACUUGAGAUUUGUUGGCGGACGUCGCUGUCAUCAUUUAGCGUGGGUAUUAUUUGACACCUUCUUCUUUUGAAGAACAAGGAGAGAAGUAACAUAGGCUCCUCCCUUUUCCAUUUCACUCUAUUCCUUGAGAUUCCCGCAAGCUAAAUACCCUCUUCUCUCGAUCUGCGAGUAAUUGGUAAUACAGCAUCAUUUUCCUCAGCCUCCACAUCUGGGAAUACAUUUAUGACAAGCUCGAAUCCUUUACUAUAAACUCUAUAGGCUCAUAAAAUGUCAUCCCUAAGCACAAUCGAUGAGGAUGAACUCCGGCAAGAAAACCUCCUCGAGUCUCUCGAGAAUCAAUACUCUCAAUCACCGGAUACCUCGAGAAGAAAUCAAAUGUUAAGGGAUCGCGCUCUAUUGCUAUCAGCUAAAGUUGUAUCCGCGACUGAAGAACUAGCUUGUCUAGUCGAAUAUAUGGAAAAGAAUGGCUCACUCUAUGAUGUUUUCCCUGAUCAUGAACAACGAGCAGACCUUCAAAUUCAUCGGAAGAAGUUGGUUGCUGGGCGUGGUACGAUGGAAGCUCGAUUGAGAAGUCUCGAAAAUCUCUAUGUAUGCAAUACUGGGGUGGAUUUAUAUGGGAUCUUUGGGGUGAUGGGAUCUAAAUUUUCGAAGAAUACAUAUCCGUUACUCAGGAAAAUUUUGAAGGUUAUGAAGAGUCACUGCGAGAGUCAAUCAAGCGUCAACGCCAAUGUUGAUGAUGACGAUGAAGAAAAGGACUCGGAUUUGCCUACUUCCGAAAGAAAGGCACUUGUGAGGGAAGCAAUCCUUCGAUUACUUUCGGCCUAUGUUGCGCAUAAGGGAUGGGACAAUGAGCAAAGAGGACUGAAUAAGCAUUUGCUAAUGCAAUAUCUUACAAGUGGGCCCAGUAUGCAGACCUUUGUUGAUUGGAUGAUGACGAAACCUUGGGCGCAAGAUGGUGACGUGUUGGGAUAUCGUAAAGGCAACUCGGAUACAGGCAACUCGGAUCAUACUGCCGAUUCGCUGACUUCUAACUUGGGAAAAAAUGUUGCUACGAGAAAGCAAAAAAGGGGCGUACAACCAGAUAUUCCAUUACAGAAUGUUUCUGAAAUUAAGAGGAAGAAGACGAGCGCUGCGAAUGACACAAACGAAGACGAGAGAGAUGGCUCCAAAUCUGUAUCGUCGGAAACAAGCAGAGAGACAAGCCCAGAAGAAGAUGGGAUCGAAAUUGAGCAUGCAAGAAAAAAAGAAAUACAACACGAGGUAAUAGAAUCGCCAUUACUAGAACCCAGCAACGAACAGGAUAUCUUGGGAGGCGCCAAUUCAAGUAGAUAUUCUCCUAAUCCAGGACGAAAUUUACCCAGCCCCGAGUUGAUGGUUUCUAGUCCAAGGUUUGAAGUUAGUCCUGCUCGUCGACGACCAACACCAGUAGAUUGCGGAGACGGCGAUGGCAAUUCUAAUUUCGAUCAUCAACAAUCAAACGCACCAAGUUAUGAAGGGGAUAAUGGGUACAAUUCUUCGAGGGGAUCUCCUGCACCGAUGCGUUCAGCUAGUGAUCAGAUUCCUGAUUUUGACGGACCAGGCCCGCUCAAUGAUGAAGAAGAAUUUGCUUUGUCCCCAGACAAGAAUGCUGGUGAUUAUAAUGAACCGAGUUCUUUAGUUUCUUUUGAGAUGGGUAUGGAUCCCGUGGUUCACUACCAAACUGAGCGCCAGGCCUUCGUCCAAUGGGCGGAGAAGCUUUGGGGUAUCAAACAGGAAUUACUGGAUCAACUCUAUCGUAUAGGAUCUGCAAUUACAAGAAAGAAUGUGGAUCUUUUUGACAUGGAAAGUAAAUUGAUGAAGAGUAAAGAAAAGGGUUCGGCUCUUAUUGAUGGUAUUGGCUUUUCGUCAGAUAGGGAAAGGUGGCUUCAAAAAUCGGAUUGGGAUGGAAUCUUCGAGGAGAUACAUGGCUGUGUUACGCUGAUCGGUGAUAUUAAAGAGGAAGUCGAGGUGAUGCAAGAGGAAAAGAGAAAGAUGAAAAAGAGAUUGGAGGGUUUUGAUAUGAGUAUGACUGCAACGAUGGAGGAAGUGGAGAAAAUCGAGUUUUGAUAAUCUAAGUUUAUAAGUUAGAUUUAUUGAUUGAGUGUAAUCAUAUAGACUGACAGAUAAAUAGAUCUUGAUUUGGCGAAUUGCGAUAAUUGUGAUUCGGCGAUUUAUUUGCUCUCGAUGAUACUUUAGAUCCACUUGGGAUGCCCCUCCCUUGUCACCGAUAAUUCUCUCCUAAUUUUCCUGUCCAUCCAUCUUCUCCUCUCUCCUCUCUCCUCUCUCCAAGAACCUUCUUUUCUUCUCCUCAUUCUUGUCACCACAAUUUCCGUAAUGUCAUCCCCUUUCCUUGUGACCCCCCCUUCUAUCCCUUCAACAAAGCUAAUUCCCACAAUUAACUCUGUCUUAUUUGCAUAACUCCAUUAGCUGCCUUUCCAACCGGCCGCAUUGCGCUCUUGUUGAAUGGUUUCGCGUGAUAAACUUUGCGGUCAUUUCAUUCCCUCCGGAUGUCAAACGGAAGACAAAAGAGCUGGCCAGAUUUGAGAUGAGAUAGCCUGUUAUGGCGGCUUGAUAUGGGUCUGAAUCUAAAAGAAAAGGCGAAGGCGACUCGAUGCUAAUAUUGAAGAUGGAAUCCGAUAGGAGGACAGAGCCUGCUGUAUGGUUCUAAGCAACUAGAUAAGGAGGCGAAAAGUAAUCAUUUUCUUGUGUACGCAUAUUUUAUGGCGUAUCAUACGGACAUUGUUGUUCGGGAUGAUAUUAGAUAAUAAUGAUUAGAUAGACAAUCUAAUCAAUGUAUUUGUCUAACCAGAAUACAGUACAAACAAAUCCUCCUUUCUUUGAUCA